GUUGGAGGAUCCGCACCAUGAAGCCAAGACUUCCAUGGCUGGGCUUGCUUCUGCUUGGCUGGGCUGUGGAUUUCGUUUCGAAGGCUCCAGGCGAGACCAGGAGACUUGGCCGAGCCAAGUCGGCGAAUCCGGACAAGGCAGAGCUGCUUCCUCCGGAGGUGCCAGCAGAGACGCGCUGGGAUCUCUGGCCCGCACUGCCAGUGGCGCCCUAUGAGCGCCGGAAGACCAUUCUGCAGGAGAGCAUCCCCGGCGAGUUGUGGGGCCUUGAGCAGAAGAUUGGCUUGCUCUAUGUGCAUGUGCCGAUUCGUAUGACAGUGCUGAGGCUCAAAGAUGGUCUCUUGCUCUAUGGGGCUGUGGCGCCCACGGGCGAAUGCCUGUCUUUGUUGCGGGGCCUGGAAGCCAAGUACGGCCCGGUGCGCUUUCUGAUCUUACCUACAGUGGCCGUAGAGCACAAGACCUUCGCGGGGCCUCUUGCUCGGCAGCUGCCGACUGCUGAGGUUUGGUAUGCGCCUGGCCAGUACUCGGUCCCCGUGCCUCUGCCCCUGGCGUUCUUGGGCUUCCCCCUGGAUCGCCUGCGGGAGCUUCCGAGGGACAGCAACGAUGCGGCGCUGCCAUGGGGGGAUGAGCUCGAGCACAAGGUGCUUGGCCCCAUCGGCAAGGAUCCAGCCACCGGUGCCUUCUGCGAGGCAGCGUUUUACGUGCCCCGACUUCGGCUGCUGCUUCUGACCGACCUCCUCAUCUCCAUCCCCAGCUCACCACCUGCCAUUCUGCUGGAGGAUCCGCGGCCCCUGCUCUUCCAUGCCAGAGAUGGCCCCCUGGAGCCUUUGGAGUCAGACGUCUUUGCUCUUCAGCGCGGGUGGCAGCGCAUUGUGAUCUUUUCCCUGUUCUUCCAAUCCGGCGCCAUCGAGGUGCAGGGCGUCUCGGAGGCCUUCCGGGACGCGGGGAAGAGCCAGGCGCCGGAGCUGGGCUGGGGCGGGCUGCUGCCCUGGAACUACAAAACCGAUUGGCGGGAGGCUUUUCGGGCGGUGAGCGGAGGUGUGCUGGUGCCCCCCAUCUUGCAGGCGCUGGUGCUGAAUCGGGGGGCCCGCGACACGGCCGCGCUGCGGAGCUUUGUGCAGGCGGUGAGCCGGUGGCCCUUCGAGCGCAUGCAGUCGCUCCACUUCGACGGUCUCACGGCCUGCAGGGCCGGGGACUGGACCAGCGCCUUCCGCCGAUUUCUGGAUGAGCCCAGCUUGCCCUUUGGCGCCUGGGGGCCCAAGCCUCGGGAUGUGGAUUUAGAGUUUCUGCGCGGCUUCGGCCGCCAACUUCAGAGCAGUGGCAUCAUUGACCCGCUGCAGAGCAAGCGGCAAAGCAUCCUGUGAUUGUGGUAUUGCUGUUUCCCUUAGCAAAAGCCCUCGAACGCGCGUGGCCUGAGUCUGCCAAGCAUGACAGACUCGGGAAUAGUCAGGGAUUGCACCCUGCCCACCUCUGGGGAUGGCUGGCUUGGCUGUUUGCAUCUGAAGCUCGAUGGAGCUUGCGUCUGGCGGAGCACACGCGACUUGCGCCGAGAAAAGCCACGCUGACUUCCCGCAAGGUUGGGGAGGAGAAGCCUGCCAGCCAGGCCAGGUACUGUGGGCCAAGGAUGUGGGGCACGCUAGCUGGCGUGGGAAAGUGGAGAAGGCCAACAUUCAUAUCAAGCAGCACGCUUUGAUGAAUUGAUCCCCUAAUUCGUUUGGC